UGUAGUUUUAGUACAGAAGCAGGGAUGGAUGACGUUGCCUCGGUGAAAAUAGAAAAUGCCAAUUUACGGAAAAUUCAGAAGAAAUUGCUACAGUGGGACGUGUCGGAAAAUCCCUUGGCACCUCUGACGUCCCUUCAGAAGGAUGUCAUCUACAACCUCUCGAUGGCGCCUGAGGAAGAAGCUGGACAUAGUGAGGAGAAGAGGAAGGUCGAGGACGUCUCUGAGACUUUCUUGAGUGAUUCCCUGAGAGAUCUAGAGAACGGAGGCGAGUCUGUGGACACAUUCCGGAAGUUUCUCUCCUGGUGCGAUCGUGUGAAUGACGAGAUCCUCGAUGAGGAGGAUAUACAUCAUCAGGAGUUUCUGCGGCACUUGCAAGAUAGGCAAAAGGACUGUGAUUGUCUGCUGGAGCAAAUUGAGAACACGCUGCAGAGCUUGAAGCAACUCGAUGGGGAGUUUCAGUUCGUCUCGACGAACACGAGUUCCUUGCACACAGCCAGUGAGAAGCUGAUUGAGGAUCAAGAGAGACUCAGUGGUCUGGAUCAGGAGAUUCGCCAGAGACUGCAGUAUUUCACCCAACUGGAGACAGUGUUGCAGAAGCUGCAGAAUCCCACGCUCUCUGUCAUGGGAGACAACUUUGCGGAGAUUCUCAAUCGACUGGACGAGAGCUUUGAGUAUCUCGAGAGUCACCAGAAUUUCCGCGAUUACAGCCUGUACAUGGGGAAGUGCAAGCAAUGUCUGACCAGAGUAGUUCAAAUGAUGCGCAGCCACGUGAUUAAUGUUCUCAGUACGGCCACUGAGCAGGUUUUGGCGCCCAGGAAGGUUCCGGAGGGCGCAAAACCACGAGAACACACUUCGGACACUGCAUUUGCACUCUUCUACGGCAAAUUCCAGGCAUCGGCGCCCAAAGUGAAGCGAGUGACUGGUCUGAUUGAGCAGAGACGCUCGCACUGUGCGGAAUACGAAACCCUCCUGCAGGAUUUGCAUGAGUUCUACUUGUCCCAGAGGCGAGUUGUGAUGUAUCCGGGCGUAGGGGCGGCUCUGCAGGAUCUCACGGCGACCCACAAGGGUGAUCACUGUGCGCUGGUGCGCGCUGCCUGUGCAUUCCUGGUCCAUGUGUGUCAGGACGAACACAGACUCUUCCUUCACUUCUUCCCGAAUCAUUCACGAGAGAUGAACGGCUUCCUGGAUGCGCUCUCGCUGCAGCUGUAUGACAAUCUGAGGCCGUUCAUUGGCCAAAUUGCUCAUCUGGAGACUCUGGCGGAGCUCUGUAGCAUCCUGAGGACGGAGAUGCUGGACGAGCACGUCCAUCACAGUCCUGAAUCCUUGGCUCCUUUCGGGCGUGUCAUUAAUCAGCUCCUCCAUGACGUCCAGGACAGAUUAAUUGUUCGUGCAAAGCACUACAUUCAGUCCGACAUCCUGAAUUACAAGCCCUCGGCGGGAGAUUUAGCUUAUCCGGACAAGCUGGAGAUGAUGGAAAGCAUCGCACUGUCGCUCCAGGAAGUGCCUCCGUUCCUCCAGCGUGCAGAUUCACGCGCCUCGAUGUUCUCAAUGACAUCCCAAGAGGUGGACUCGAUCAACUCAGCUGCAGAGAGUCAGAUGAGAUCCCGAACGGGAAAUUCUCCGGCGGAUUUGCACGGGAUGUGGUAUCCAACAGUGCGCAGGACAUUGGUUUGCCUCUCCCGACUGUACAGAUGCGUGGACAGGCCGGUGUUUCAAAAUCUCUCCCAGGAAGCGCUGACUUACUGCAUUCAGUCCGUUUCUGCGGCUGCGGCGCUCAUUCAGCAGCGUAAGACAAAUUUGGAUGGAGAACUAUUUGAGAUAAAGCACCUGCUGAUUCUCAGAGAGCAAAUUGCACCUUUUCGUGUGGAUUUCAUUGUGAAGAAAACCAGUCUGGACUUCAGCAAGAUGAAGACAGCGGCUUAUGGGCUGAUCCAGAAGCGAGGGCAGUUAUUUGCACUGGGCAGCAAUAAUGCCUUGCUUGAAUUUUUGCUGGAGGGAACACCUCAGGUGAAGGAGCAGCUCUUGGACUCCCGAAAAGACGUGGACAGGCAAUUGAAGAGUGUGUGUGAGAUCUUUAUAAAAGACGCCACAAAUCUUCUGGUGGGGAAUGUAAUCGCAUUCAUCGAACACAAUCAAGCGUCCGAUGUGAAAUUGCCUGAAAUGGUGCCUUCGCAUGUGGCUGGAAUUGUCCAGGAAGCGCAGAAGAGCAUCAAAGUGAAGCUGAGCGGACUUCAAAGGGCAAUGCAGCUUUAUCUGGCCAACAAAGACACUGAAUUCAUCCUCUUCCGACCUAUCAGGAACAACAUCAUCGGGGCUUUUGUCAGGCUUGAACAAUUGCUGACCACAAUUGGGAAGUUCUCCAAGGAAGACCUCGCAAUCGCUGCCUGUCCGUCGGCUGAGCAAAUUUCCGUCCUGCUCAGUGCUAGUGUCUUGUCUGAGGGUGGAUCUGGUGGGGCAACAGCAGCAGUAGCAGUUCCCAGUCGGAAAUCCACUCUGUCUUCGGUGGAAAAUGAGAAAAUCCAGGAGGAAAUGCAGAAAACGGAUGCAGAACAAGAGGAAUUGCAAUAAAGAAGAGACGGUUAUAUUUC